AUGAGGGAAGUGGGGAUACGGGAAUGUCUAAGCAGUACUGCAGCAGCGAUGCUUGUACUGUUGCUAUGCUGGGAUGGGGUGGCAGAAGUAAACUCACAGAAGGUUCCUGCUUUGUUUGUUUUCGGAGAUUCAUUGGUUGAUGUUGGCAACAAUAACUUCCUAAACACCGUGGCAAGGGCAAAUUACUAUCCUUACGGCAUCGACUUCAGCGGGGGUCCCACUGGGCGAUUUUGUAAUGGCAAAUGCCUAAUCGACUUCAUUGGAGACUUGCUUGGUGUUCCUUCUCCUCCACCUUUUGCAGACCCCUCCACUGUUGGACGCACAAUACUUAAUGGAGUCAAUUAUGCAUCAGCUGCUGCUGGCAUUCUUGAUGAGUCAGGGCGUACCUAUGGUGAUCGUUAUACCAUGAGCCGGCAAGUCCUGAACUUUGAGAGCACAUUGAAUCAGUAUAGGACAAUGAUGAAUGCAACUACAUUGAGUCAAUACUUAGCCAAGUCUAUAGCAGUUGUCGUGAUUGGAAGCAAUGAUUACAUCAACAACUACCUCCAGCCUGGCUUCUAUGGCUCCAGUUACAAUUAUACACCCCAAGCGUUUGGCAAUCUUCUUGUUAAUAGCUUUGUUCGACAACUUCUGGCAUUACAUAGCGUGGGAUUGAGGAAGUUUUUUUUAGCAGGAAUUGGACCACUGGGUUGCAUCCCAAAUCAACGAGCCAGCGGUUUAGCCCCGCCAGGAAGGUGUGUGGACAACGUUAAUCAGAUGGUUGGAUUCUUCAAUGAAGGGCUCAGAUCAAUGGUCGACCAGCUGAACAGUAACCAUCCCGGUGCCAUCUUUGUAUAUGGUAACACUUACGGUGUCUUUGGCGAUGUCCUAAAUAACCCUGCUGCCUACUCGUUUAAUGUCAUUGAUAGAGCCUGUUGUGGGAUUGGAAUGAAUAGAGGCCAAAUAACAUGCCUCCCGUUUCAAGUUCCAUGUGCAUUCAGAAAUCAGUAUGUCUAUUGGGAUGCGUUUCAUCCAACGCAAUCAGCAGUAUAUGUCUUUGCCUGGAGAGCUGUUAAUGGCCCGCCUAAUGAUUGUUAUCCAAUUAAUAUUCAACAAAUGGCCCUCAUGUAA